UCGAAUUCAGUCGUUAAAGUGCACGGUCACAUUUCAGUCGCUCGUUUGGUGCGAGCGGUUUGGAUUUUUUUAAGAAUUUCUGUAAAAGAAUUUGAAGUGAAUUUUUUGCAGCAAUAUUUAUUUGCAUUUAAUAUACAAAUUAAACAAAAUUAAAACAGACAACGAAUAUAUUUGCUCGCGAGUUAAACUAUAUUAAGUAUUUAUUUAUUAUUUUUUGUUUUUGUAAUUCAACUGAAUACAAUUAAAGUUUAUAUUGUGAAAAAUAAUUAUAAAAGAAAUAAGCAAAAAAAUGGCAGAGGAAAUUGAUCGCAAUGAUCCUGAACUCAAAUAUCUUUCGGUAGAACGAAAUCAAUUUAACGAUCCGGCAACACAAGCCGAAUGGACACAAAAGCGUCUGGUUUGGGUACCGCAUGAAAAUCAGGGCUUUGUAGCUGCCAGUAUUAAACGUGAACAUGGCGAUGAAGUGGAAGUUGAACUUGCCGAAACUGGAAAACGUGUGAUGGUCUUACGUGAUGAUAUACAAAAAAUGAAUCCGCCUAAAUUCGACAAAGUCGAGGAUAUGGCGGAAUUGACAUGUCUUAACGAGGCAUCUGUGCUGCACAACAUCAAAGACAGAUAUUAUUCUGGCCUGAUUUAUACAUACUCUGGUCUUUUCUGCGUUGUAGUUAAUCCCUAUAAAAAAUUACCGAUUUAUACUGAAAAGAUAAUGGAACGAUACAAGGGUAUAAAACGACACGAAGUGCCUCCACAUGUUUUUGCCAUAACAGAUACCGCUUAUAGAUCCAUGUUGCAAGAUCGUGAGGAUCAAUCAAUUUUGUGUACUGGUGAAUCUGGUGCUGGUAAAACCGAGAACACAAAGAAAGUAAUACAGUAUUUAGCUUAUGUAGCGGCAUCGAAACCCAAAGGCUCUGGCGCGGGACCGGCAUUAAUUAUUGGUGAAUUGGAACAACAAUUGUUGCAAGCUAAUCCAAUAUUAGAAGCCUUCGGUAACGCUAAAACUGUGAAAAACGAUAACUCAUCACGUUUUGGAAAAUUUAUUCGUAUUAAUUUUGAUGCCUCUGGUUACAUCUCAGGUGCAAAUAUAGAAACAUAUUUGUUGGAGAAAUCGCGUGCCAUUCGUCAAGCCAAAGAUGAACGAACAUUCCAUAUUUUCUAUCAAUUACUUGCUGGCGCUUCACCUGCCCAACGAGAAAAAUUCAUUCUUGACGAUAUUAAGUCAUAUCCAUUCCUUUCUAAUGGUAGUCUGCCUGUGCCUGGUGUAGAUGACUAUGCCGAAUUCCAAGCGACUGUUAAGUCGAUGAACAUUAUGGGUAUGACAAAUGACGAUUUCAACUCAAUAUUCCGUAUAGUAAGUUCUGUACUGUUAUUUGGUUGUAUGAAAUUCCGUCAAGAGCGUAAUAGUGAUCAAGCUACGUUACCUGACAAUACAGUGGCGCAAAAAAUUGCACAUCUGCUCGGUCUUGGUGUUACGGAUAUGACACGCGCUUUUCUUACGCCACGUAUAAAAGUCGGUCGUGAUUUUGUUACAAAAUCGCAAACUAAGGAGCAAGUCGAAUUUGCUGUUGAAGCUAUUGCUAAAGCAUGUUAUGAGCGUAUGUUCAAAUGGUUAGUGAAUCGUAUUAAUCGUUCUUUAGAUCGUACGAAACGUCAAGGUGCAUCUUUCAUUGGUAUUCUUGAUAUGGCGGGUUUUGAAAUUUUCGAAUUGAAUUCAUUCGAACAAUUAUGUAUAAAUUAUACUAAUGAGAAACUUCAACAGCUUUUUAACCACACUAUGUUCAUACUCGAACAAGAAGAAUAUCAACGUGAAGGCAUUGAAUGGAAGUUUAUUGACUUUGGCUUAGAUCUGCAGCCUACCAUUGAUCUCAUCGAUAAGCCUGGCGGAAUUAUGGCGUUGCUCGAUGAGGAAUGUUGGUUCCCAAAGGCUACAGAUAAGACAUUUGUAGACAAACUUGUUUCAGCCCACUCAAUGCAUCCCAAAUUUAUGAAAACAGAUUUUCGUGGAGUGGCUGAUUUUGCAAUAGUACAUUAUGCGGGCAAAGUUGACUACUCAGCAGCUAAAUGGCUUAUGAAAAAUAUGGAUCCUUUGAACGAAAAUAUUGUUUCACUUCUCCAAGCCUCACAAGAUCCGUUUGUUGUAAAUAUUUGGAAAGAUGCUGAAAUUGUUGGUAUGGCACAGCAAGCUCUUACUGAUACACAGUUUGGAGCACGAACUCGUAAAGGUAUGUUCCGUACAGUAUCACAUCUAUAUAAGGAGCAAUUGGCUAAACUUAUGGACACUUUACGUAAUACAAAUCCAAAUUUUGUUCGAUGCAUCAUACCAAAUCAUGAAAAACGUGCCGGUAAAAUCGAUGCUCCUUUGGUGCUUGAUCAACUACGUUGUAAUGGUGUGCUUGAAGGUAUUCGUAUUUGUCGUCAAGGUUUCCCGAACCGUAUACCAUUCCAAGAAUUCCGCCAACGUUACGAGCUUCUUACGCCAAAUGUUAUUCCUAAGGGUUUCAUGGAUGGCAAAAAAGCUUGCGAAAAAAUGAUACAAGCAUUGGAAUUAGAUUCAAAUCUAUUCCGUGUUGGUCAAUCAAAAAUAUUUUUCCGUGCUGGUGUAUUAGCGCAUUUAGAAGAAGAACGUGAUUAUAAGAUUACUGAUUUAAUUGUGAAUUUCCAAGCUUUCUGUCGUGGUUUCUUGGCGCGCCGCAACUACCAAAAACGUUUGCAGCAAUUAAAUGCGAUACGCAUCAUUCAGCGCAAUUGUGCUGCAUAUUUGAAGCUACGCAAUUGGCAGUGGUGGCGUCUCUAUACAAAGGUGAAACCUUUAUUGGAAGUGACGAAGCAAGAGGAAAAGCUCGUCCAAAAAGAAGACGAACUAAAGCAAGUGCGUGAAAAGCUCGAAACCUUGGCUAAAAGUACGCAAGAAUAUGAGAAAAAAUACCAACAAGCUGUGGAAGAGAAAACAUCUCUAGCUGAACAACUUCAAGCAGAAAUUGAAUUAUGUGCAGAAGCAGAGGAGUCACGCUCACGCCUAAUGGCACGUAAGCAAGAGUUAGAGGAUAUGAUGCAAGAACUUGAAACUCGUAUAGAAGAGGAAGAAGAACGUGCACUAGCACUUGGAGCAGAGAAAAAGAAACUUGAACUCAACAUACAAGACCUCGAAGAGCAAUUAGAAGAGGAAGAAGCUGCAAGGCAAAAACUACAAUUAGAAAAAGUGCAACUUGAUGCGAAAAUAAAAAAAUAUGAAGAAGACGUUGCUCUUACAGAUGAUCAAAACCAAAAGCUUAUUAAGGAAAAAAAAAUAUUAGAGGAACGAGCAAAUGAUUUAUCACAAACUCUAGCAGAGGAGGAAGAAAAAGCAAAGCAUUUAGCAAAACUGAAAGCAAAACAUGAAGCAACUAUUGCCGAGUUAGAAGAACGUAUGCAUAAGGAUCAACAGCAAAGACAAGAAUCUGACAGAACUAAACGCAAAAUAGAAACAGAAGUUGCUGAUCUUAAAGAACAGUUAAAUGAACGUCGAGUGCAAGUAGAAGAGCUACAAGCACAUCUUUCAAAGAGAGAAGAGGAAUUAACUCAAACGUUAAUGCGUAUUGAUGAAGAAUCUGCUGCCAAAGGUAUCGCACAAAAAGCUCAACGUGAACUGGAGCUGCAAUUAGCUGAAAUCAAUGAAGAUUUAGAGGCGGAAAAAACAGCAAGAGCUAAAGCCGAAAAAAUAAGACGUGAUUUAGGAGAAGAAUUGGAAGCUCUUAAAAAUGAAUUGCUUGAUUCUCUAGAUACGACAGCAGCUCAACAAGAAUUACGCUCUAAACGAGAGCAAGAGUUAGCAACACUGAAAAAAUCGCUGGAAGAUGAAACUCUUAACCAUGAAAACCUGCUGGCAGAUAUGCGUCAUAAGCAUGCACAGGAAUUGAGUACUAUAAAUGAUCAAUUGGAAAAUAUACGAAAAGCUAAGAGUGUUCUAGAUAAAGCAAAAACUACACUAGAAGCUGAAAAUGCCGAUUUAGCUACAGAGUUACGAAGUGUUAACAGUUCAAGGCAAGAAAAUGACCGCAGACGUAAACAAGCAGAAUCUCAAAUCGCAGAAUUACAGAUUAAAUUAGCUGAAAUUGAGAGAGCACGUUCAGAAUUGCAAGAGAAAUGCACAAAAUUACAACAAGAAGCUGAAAAUGUGACAAAUCAAUUAGAAGAAGCUGAAUUGAAAGCUUCAGCGGCUAUAAAAUCUGCUAGUAAUAUGGAGUCUCAGUUAACGGAAGCACAACAAUUGCUCGAGGAAGAAACGCGACAAAAGUUAUCCCUUAGCUCCAAAUUACGACAACUUGAAUCGGAGAAAGAAGCCCUGCAAGAACAACUUGAAGAAGAUGAGGAAUCAAAGAGAACUUUUGAACGAAAAUUGGCUGAGGCAACAAUACAAAUGCAAGAAAUCAAGAAAAAAGCAGAGGAAGAUGCUGAUUUAGCUAAGGAACUUGAAGAGGGCAAAAAACGAUUAAACAAGGAAAUUGAAGCUUUGGAGCGCCAAGUUAAAGAGCUGAUUGCACAGAAUGAUCGUUUAGACAAGAGCAAGAAAAAAAUACAAUCUGAAUUGGAAGAUACAACAAUUGAGUUGGAAACACAACGCACUAAGGUAUUGGAAUUAGAAAAGAAACAGAAGAAUUUCGAUAAAAUAUUAGCAGAAGAAAAAGCUGUAUCUGAACAAACUGCUCAAGAACGUGACACAGCAGAACGUGAAGCGCGUGAAAAGGAAACUAAGGUGCUUUCUUUGACUCGUGAUUUAGACAAGGCAUUCGAUAAGAUUGAUGAUCUUGAAAAUAAACGAAAAAUGUUACAAAAUGAACUCGAUGAUUUAGCAAAUACACAAGGAACAGCAGAUAAGAACGUUCAUGAAUUAGAAAAGGCAAAACGAGCUCUUGAAGCGCAGUUAACUGAUUUGAAAGCACAAAAUGUAGAAUUGGAAGAUGAUUUACAGUUGACUGAAGAUGCCAAAUUGCGUUUAGAAGUAAAUAUGCAGGCAUUACGUACACAAUUUGAGCGAGAUCUGCAAGCAAAAGAAGAACAAGCAGAGGAAAAACGAAGAGGAUUAGUUAAACUGUUAAGAGAACGUGAAGCCGAUUUAGAUGAAGAACGUAAACAACGUACUGCAGCUGUAGCGGCGAAAAAGAAACUAGAGGGAGACUUGAAAGAAAUAGAAACAACUAUGGAAAUGCACAAUAAAGUAAAAGAAGAUGCACUUAAACAUGCCAAGAAAUUGCAAGUGCAACUGAAAGACGCACAGCGUGAUGCUGACGAAGCUAAAGCUUUGAAAGAAGAACUCCAAGCAGCUAGCAAGGAGACAGAACGUAAAGUAAAGACUUUAGAAGCGGAAGUAUUACAAUUGACAGAGGAUUUGGCCAGUUCAGAACGUGCCCGUCGUGCAGCUGAAACUGAACGUGAUGAGCUUGCGGAAGAAGUUGCUUCAAAUGCUAGUAAAUGUUCGCUAAUAAUUGAUGAAAAACGACGUCUAGAAGCUAGAAUUGCUACUUUAGAGGAGGAACUCGAAGAAGAGCAAUCAAAUUCAGAAGUGCUGUUGGACCGUAGUCGUAAAGCUCAAUUACAGAUUGAACAACUUACUACAGAAUUAGCUACUGAAAAAUCGAACGCUCAAAAAAGCGAAAAUGCUCGUGCCUUGUUGGAACGUCAAAAUAAAGAGCUUAAGGUAAAACUUGCCGAAAUUGAGACUGCUCAACGCACCAAGGUGAAAGCUACAAUUGCGGCGCUUGAAGCUAAAAUUGUAAACCUUGAAGAGCAAUUAGAAAAUGAAGGAAAAGAGCGACUUUCACUGCAAAAAGCUAAUCGUAAAAUGGAUAAGAAAAAUAAGGAACUAACAAUGAACAACGAGGACGAACGCCGACAUGCAGAUCAGUAUAAGGAGCAAAUCGAUAAAUUAAAUAGCCGUAUAAAACUGCUGAAACGUAGUCUUGAUGAAGCAGAAGAGGAACUUCAAAAGGAAAAAACACAGAAACGCAAAUAUCAGAGAGAAUGUGAGGAUAUGAUUGAGAAUCAGGAGUCUUUGAAUCGUGAAAUUAAUACGCUCAAAACAAAACUUAGACGUACUGGUGGUAUUGGUCUUAGUUCGACCCGCCUCACUGGAACACCUUCAUCAAAACGAGGUGAUGAUAACUCUUCGGUGCAAGAUGAAUCCUUAGAUGGUGAUGAUUCAGGAAAUUAAUAUGUUAAUAAUUUAAACAUAUAAAUGUUUUCUCUUUUAUUUUUUAUAUAUUACUCUUUGUUGUUUUUUAAUGGAUUUUAAUUUUUCUUAGUAAAAAAUAUAUAAACUGAAUUUAAAUUAAGAGUAAUAAUGCAUUUUUAAAUUGUAAACAAUUUAAAAAAAUAUAAAACUAAAUUUUUUACACAAAUGCCCAUACCUAAAUAAUUUAAUUUCGUCAAAACUGUAAUUGCGUAUUAUAAAAAAAAUAUACAUACACAUUAAGAAUACUUUUAUAAACCUUCUGCGUAGUUUUUUAUAUUUAUAUAUAUAUUUAUGUAUCUAUAGAUAUAUAUGUAUAAAAAGAAUAUGCAAAAUAAAUUUU